AAGUAAUACAUGAUACAAAAUGGCCGCUUUUGGUUGCCAAGGCGCUGUUUGAACAAGAAGAAGAAAAGACUAAACUGUUGGUGGGAAUUAUUUCCCGCUGUCAAUAUAUAUAUUCAGCAUUUGUCCGAUUAAACUUUAUAUUAUGGCGAAUACGCUGGAUUUCAGGACCCAUGUCGAUCAGUCAUGCAGAUAUUCAGAAGAAUUUGUCAACAUUUAUUACGACUGCAUGGAUAAGAAAAGGAGGAACUUGACCCGACUGUACCUGGACAAGUCGACCUUGGUGUGGAAUGGGAAUGCCGUGUCAGGACAGGAGGCCCUCAGCGAGUUCUUUGAGUCUUUGCCUUCGAGCGAGUUCCAAGUUCAAACCCUGGAUUGCCAGCCAGUUCAUGAGCAAGCUACCCAAGGUCAGACCACACUGCUCGUGGUGACUGGUGGGACGGUGAAGUUCGAAGGGAACAAACAGCGUUUCUUCAACCAGAACUUUCUUUUAACAGCACAGGCUACACCCAACAACGACCAGCCUGUUUGGAAGAUUGCAAGUGACUGUUUUCGUUUUCAAGAUUGGAAUAGCUGAAGCUCCCCUGAUCUAAAAUGUAUGAACACUCAACAGUAAUUAGAAACAGAAAUGAACAAACACCACACGAUGCAAAAAAGUGUUUAUUCUUGAAUGUUGAACAGGGCAAUAUGCUCAUGAUGGAGUAAUAAAUACAAAAAAAGACAACCAAAUGUAAAACAAUUGUGAAUGUGUGCGUCUUUAAGGUUUGAUGAGACACCAUCAACACAUUUGGAUAAAUACACCUUCAUUAAAAGGAUCAAACUAGACUCUGUUAAACUUUACACCAAAAUGUACAUUAACCCAGGAACGGAAGCGAAGAACAUCGUAUCAUAACCAGCUAUGACUUGCUAAUGCAAAUACACAUCUUUAUUGCAAAACAUGCUUGAACUUAAA